AUGUCUGGAAUACCAUCGCGAAGAAACUCUGCCUAUGGGUCGUCGUCUUCGGGAUAUUCUUCGGCAUCGUCUGCGAGAUCCGCCACCAAAACGGCUCAAUCCAUCAGAAGGUCUCAGUCUAUGCGUUACGCGCAAAGACAUAACAGUAAUCUGAGUCAAAACAGCACCGGAUCUGUCGUACCAUUGAACAGAUCCCGAAGAGUGGCGUCUAUUCCAUCUAAUAUCGCAAAUAACGGCGAAAAGUCUCUUAACAAAGAGGAGGAAUAUAAUAGCGAUGAUUAUAAGAAUAUCAAGAAUCAGAUCAAAUCAAAUGGAAAAUCGGAGAAUUUAUUUAACUUUAUUAUCGCUAAAGAUUUGGAUCAUUUCAAAAAUGAAAAAGUGAUCCGUGUCUUAGUGGUGGGAUCACAGGAUAGUGGAAAGACUUCACUCAUCUCUCAAUUCUCAUACUUUCUGGAGGACCAGAGAAAACAAUUUGGUUCAAACCAACAGCAAAACUAUCUGAUCCUCAACUUUAGGGAAAUGGAAAGACUAGAUAAUUGUAUGGGUCGGUCGCCAAUCACUAUGUAUAUGCCCGACGCUUAUAUUGUCAUCUAUGCCGUCAAUGAUAAGGAUUCGUUUGAAAGCGCGAAGAAAGUGAUUUCAGAGAUUCAUAAAUGGGAUGACUUUGAUCUGAAGCCUGUGAUCGUUGUGGCCAACAAAACCGAUUUAGUCAGGAGUAGAACCGUCACUAAACAGGACGGUCGACAAUUAGCCAUCGCUAACAACUGCAAGUAUAUUGAGACCAGUUGUGCCAUUUCGCAUAACAUAGACUUCUUGCUCACUGGAAUCGGCGCUCAAAUCAAUCUCAAGAAUGGGUCCAACAAAUCAGGUAUUUCCUAA